CUAAUUCGCCCCACUUCUCUCAGGAAAACUCACGGUCUACCUCGGUCGCCGUGACUUCGUGGACAACACCUCCUCGACCGAUCCCAUAGAUGGCGUUGUUGUGUGUGAUGAUCAUUACCUUCAGGACCGCAAGAUCUUCGCCUCCGUGACCGUGACGUACCGCUUCGGUCGAGAGGAGGACGAGGUGAUGGGCCUCAGCUUCAGCAAGGAGAUGCAACUGAUCUGCCAGCAAGUUCACCCGAGUUUGGUGUCCGCCGCGCCCAACGACGUGCAGCAGCGCCUCAUGAACAAGAUCGGGGGGGACGCCCAUCCCUUCAACCUGCACCUGCCCGAAGAAGCGCCGGUGUCCGUGCAGCUCUCCUCCGGGUCGCAGCACACGGCCAAACCUCUCGGAGUCAUCUACGAACUACAGGUGUACGUAGCAAAGGACAGCACCGAAAUCCCACACAGGCGAAGCGCCGUCAGCCUCGCCGUCAGGAAGGUGCAGUACUGUCCCCUAGACUCGCCGUGCCGCCAGCCCAGCGCCGUCGUGUCCAAGGGGUUCGUCUUCUCCUCCGGGAAAAUCAAUCUGGAGGUCAGUCUGGACAAAGACGUUUAUUACCACGAUGAGCCCCUGUCGGCUGAUCUCACCAUCAACAACAACAGCAAGAAGUCGGUGAAGAACAUCAAGUGCGCCGUCGUCCAGCACAUCGAAGUCACCAUGACCAACAACCACUUCAACCGCGAGGUGGCGAGCGUGGAGUCGAAGGAAGGCUGUCCCAUUGGCCACAAAGGAAUGGUAAAGAAGAACAUGACCCUCACACCUCAGGCCUGCAACAACAAGGUCAAAGCAGGCAUCGCUUUGGACGGCAAGGUCAAGGACGCGGACGCCAACCUGGCCUCCUCGACCCUCGUGGGCACGGGCAAGGACCCCAACGACGCCCUGGGCAUCAUCGUGUCCUACUCCUUCCGCGUCCGCCUCAACUGCGGCGCCCUCGGGGGGGAGCUGGUGGCGGACCUGCCCUUCAAGCUCAUGCACCCGGUGUCAGUUCCCGGAGAGUCGAGACCCCAGAACGCCAAAGAAGACAAGAAGAUCGAAAUUGAAGAGUUCGCCAGUUUUCGCCGAGGAUUCAGCGUCGACCAGCACUGAGGGGGGGGGGGGGGGACGACGUCGGCGACUGCAGAGGGACGCGUCGGGUCGAGGAGGGCGACGCUCGAGACACACACACGAACGACCCCCGAACCGGGUGUUGCGAAACGACUUCGAUUGCAACGAAGUGAAUGUGUUUGUUUGUGUGUAUGAGUUUGAAUGUG